GUUGUCAUGGUAACAGUCCAGGUUGUCGCCAUUUUGUCAGUAGCGUUUUUUUUUUACCUUUUCAAAUGUUUUCCCUUCCCGCCGGAAUAAUGCAGUCAUCUUUUAUACCAGUGACAAUUGUCUUGAAAGCAAUGCGUCGACUGGAUCGGAUUGAGAAAAUUAAGAGUCGAACGAUAUAGCACAGUUGUUCUAUCUUUAGGCGGCGCCGAACUAACAUAGUUGUCCGUGUCUCGGGUCUACCGGGCCGGUUCGCUGCGCAGGUUUGGAACGCGCGCCAUUUUGUGAAAAUUGACAUAAAAUCUUGUCCAAACUAAGGCUUUUAUCUGACGGUAGUGUCAUCAUUUCUAAUGUUUUUUGGAUAGUGUGCGUCGCCGAUUACACUUAAUGACGAGUAGGAGUAUUGUCUGGAUUUAAUUUUCUGUAAAACGAACAACCCGAAUGUGUUUUACGAACGGUAUAAUAGACAGCUGGCUAGCUUGCUAGCUAGCAAGCUAGUUAGCCACGUUUGUUAGCUAAAGUCACCGAGCAAACUAGCAGGCUAGCUGAACUGGCUGGCUAGCUUGCAUUCGGGUGAUGGUAGCUACAGUUUAGAAGUUGGACCACUAACUAAGGAUGACUGUCGCAGGGGCGAUUUCGAUAUUUGCAGAUUUAGCCUGGCAGGCCAUUUUUUAGUUGAUAUUAGUGUAAGGAGAAAGUAUUAUCUCUUAAUACCUAGCUAGCUAGCAGGUUCGAAAUUUUGGGUGUCUCAUUGGAAGUAACGAUAGAGAAGCUGGAUAAGUUCCUUCACCAUAUUGGUUCUGGCACUUUAAAUGAAGAUCGUACCAUCAAAGGAGGAGAGACCUCAGCAUGCAAAACUUCAUCUGUCCGGCUGGCACCCUCUUUUUCUUUCCAUGCUGCUGGUCUUCAGAUGGCUGCUCCCAUGCCUCAUUCCCACCAGCAGUACAGUGACCGCCUCCCGCAGAGCACAGAGCCGCCUGUCACUGUACUGCCUUACAGUGACCAGACACAGCCACACACUGCCAGCCAGAGGCACAUGCCCCAGUGUUUCCGUGACCCAACUUUGGCCCCUUUGAGGAAGCUCUCUAUUGACCUGAUCAAAACCUACAAACACAUCAAUGAAGUCUAUUAUGCAAAAAAGAAGCGCCGGCACCAACAGGGUCAGGGGGAGGACUCCAGCCACAAGAAGGAGAGGAAGGUCUUUAACGAUGGCUACGACGACGACAACUAUGACUACAUCGUCAAGAAUGGGGAGAAAUGGAUGGACCGCUAUGAAAUUGACUCCUUGAUUGGGAAAGGGUCCUUUGGUCAGGUCGUAAAAGCUUAUGACCGCCACGAACAGGAAUGGGUAGCGAUUAAGAUCAUCAAGAACAAAAAGGCCUUUCUAAAUCAAGCCCAGAUCGAGGUGCGGCUUCUGGAGCUGAUGAACAAGCACGACACAGAGAUGAAGUACUACAUAGUUCACCUUAAGCGUCAUUUCAUGUUCCGGAAUCACCUUUGCCUGGUGUUUGAGAUGCUGUCGUACAACCUGUACGACCUGCUGCGCAACACCAACUUCCGUGUGUCGCUGAACCUGACGCGGAAGUUCGCUCAGCAGCUGUGCACGGCGCUGCUCUUCCUGGCCACGCCUGAGCUCAGCAUCAUCCACUGUGACCUCAAGCCCGAGAACAUCCUGCUGUGCAACCCCAAGCGCAGCGCCAUCAAGAUCGUCGACUUCGGCAGUUCCUGUCAGCUCGGGCAAAGGAUCUACCAGUACAUCCAGAGCCGCUUCUACCGCUCCCCUGAGGUGCUGCUGGGCAUGCCGUACGACCUGGCCAUCGACAUGUGGUCCCUGGGCUGCAUCCUGGUGGAGAUGCACACCGGCGAGCCUCUCUUCAGCGGAGCCAAUGAGGUGGACCAAAUGAAUAAAAUAGUGGAAGUUCUUGGUAUUCCACCCAAUCACAUUAUGGACCUAGCACCAAAAGCCCGGAAGUUCUUUGAGAAGUUAUCGGAUGGGACAUGGAGCGUAAAGAAGACCAAAGAUGGCAAACGGUAUAAGCCCCCAGCGUCGCGGAAGCUGCACACCAUCCUGGGGGUGGAGGCGGGGGGCCCAGGAGGGCGUAGGGCGGGGGAGUCGGGCCACGCCGUAGCGGACUACUUGAAGUUCAAGGACCUCAUCCUCAGAAUGCUGGACUACGACCCCAAGACCCGCAUCCAGCCCUACUACGCCCUGCAGCACAGCUUCUUCAAGAAGACCGCGGACGAGGGCACCAACACGAGCAGCAGCGUGUCCACCAGCCCCGCGCUCGAGCAGUCCCAGUCCUCAGGCACCACCUCCAGCACCUCCUCCAGUUCAGGAGGAUCGUCUGGAACGAGCACGAGUGGCAGAGCGCGCUCUGACCCCACCCACCACCACAGACACAGCGGGGGGCACUUUGGCACCACCAUGCCAGCCAUAGACUGUGACAACCUGUGCCCACAGGCGAGACCGCCGUACCACGCCCCUGUAGUGUGGCCAGGCAGCGUUGGACCAGAACCAGUCACUGUAGAAACCCACCCAGUCCAGGAGACCACCUUUCACGUGCCUCCCCAGCACCCGAAGGCGCUGCAUCCGCACCACCAUCCGCACCACCACCACCACCACCACCACCACGGACAGGUGUUGGCCACGAGGCCUCGCCCGCGCCUCUACAACUCCCCUACCAACAGCGCCUCCACGCAGGAUUCCAUGGAGGUGGUGCACGGCCACCUGUCCAUGACCUCGCUGUCUUCCUCCGCCUCCUCGUCCUCCACUUCCUCCUCUUCCACUGGGAACCACGGCAACCACGCCUACCAGCUGCGCCAGGUGCCCGCCGGCGCCUUGGACUUUGGCCAGAAUGGAAGCAUGGGCAUGGGGCUGGGCGCCUUCUCCAACCCCCGCCAAGAGACUGGCAUGGCGGGGCACCCCACGUACCCGCUGGGGGCGGGCGCGGCUGCCGGCCCUGCCCACUACAUGAGCGAGGGCCUGGCCAUGCGGCAGGGCCUGGAUCGGGAGGAGUCGCCCAUGACUGGAGUUUGUGUUCAGCAGAGCUCCAUGGCCAGUUCGUGACUAAACUCAAACUAAUGGGGUUUGUUUUUUCUCUGUGUGAUUUUUAAAAGGUGGUGUUUUUUUUUUUUUUUUUUUUUUUUUUUUUCCUCCUCUUCUUUUUUUUUUUUUUUUUUCCUUUUUAAAAAAAAAAGGUGCAUAGAGAUCAAAAGCUGCUCAUAUCAGGAGGGAGAUAUCACUGAACCGCUACAACAGAAGAGUCUAUUUAAGAGAAAAAAGAAAAUACAAAAAAAGUAUAUAUGUAAUUCCAUGAUUUUCCUUUUUAAAUAGGCACAUUAGUAAUACUGCAAAAUAACCAUAGUGAAAUUGAAACCAUCUACCCGUUCAUAUGCUGCACAUAGUACUUAUUUGCCAUCUGUUCUGUGGAAAAUAGGGUCUGUAUUAACGCUGAGCAUUUGAGAGUGGAGAGCUGUUUUUUACAGGUAGCUAUAUGUAAAGAAAUGCAAAAACAUUCAAGUUUUUUCUUUCUGAACAGUGAAAACAUUUGACCUUUUUUCCGUUCCACUGGUUGUUUAAUUUAUUUACCCUUUAAGUGAAACUUCACAAACGAACUAUGUGUCACCUGUAGCGUGUGCAGGAGCAGUCCUUGCAGUGAUAUUUCGUGUUGUUGGUCUUGUGUAACUCUUUUGACAAGG